AUGGGCCUGACGGCAGCAUUUCUUGAAGAGAUGCGCUUGCGACUGAGUGACAAGGACGUAGAUGUGCUGCCGCCAGACGGCAAGCUUUAUCACGGUGUCGAGCCCAGCCGGGUCAGCUUGGUUGGCUGCCUGGGCGCAGCCCCCGACCCAGAGUACACGGGCCCGCAGCCUCCUAACUCCAUCGGCAUCGUGCUUUUGGUUUCUCCCGAUGAGGGAGGCUGGAUCAAGUGCGAGUUGAGCGGCCAGUUCGACGUAGUGCAUCGAUAUACCCCUGACCUACGUGUCAUGGAAGAAAACCUGGCGCUUGAUUCCGGCUUGCCACGAAAGAGCCAGACACUGCCAUUAGCCUUCAAGCGGUAUACGGUAAGUUUCUCAUCGAUCACGCUCGAGCUUGACCCCAACAAACCUAACGAGUGGGUGUCAGGAAAAGCAGAGAUCGCGGCAACCCUGAUUGCGGAACAGCAGCGAUGGAUUAGCGACCCCAGGAUCAUGCGACGCUGCAAUACGAAUGCGAACGGGAAUGCCAGAUUUGGUUUUAACUGGAGUGACACCGCCAUGGUCGACCAGGCAAGCCUGAACCGCACAGUCCACGAGCAGAUCGUCAGCGAUCGCACUGCAAUUCUUAACUACGCGAUAAACCUUCGCGCUCGCCUGCGCCCUACCCCGUCUGCAUUUGGUACGAAUGCCCUCGGCAGCUUUUUGCUGGAAAUUUUCCUGGAGAACCAGACCACCACCGAUCACGCUCGGGCGUUUGGGGUCGACUCUCCCUACCUGCUGGAUGCCCGCCUGGUCGCCAAGCUAGUUGCCGGCGAAGCCUACAAGGUACCUCAUCGCUUGCAGCCGGAAGAAUACCGCUACCGGGACAAUGACGGCCUUCCAGGUUACGGGAUCAGCUGCGCGGUGGUUGAGGUGCAGAAGAAACUGUUCAAGACGGAUGGGAUGCCAACCUUCGCUCAACCCAGGGUAGAAGCACCAUUGCCUGCUGAAGUGGGAAUGGACUGCGCCCCAAGCUAUGAAAUGCUCGCUCGCGAUCCGCUCCUGGUGUGCGACAGUUUUUUGCAAACGCAAGAGCGCUACCUUGAUCAAUGGGCAGUACGCAUCAGUGCUCUUGAGUCAGCGGGUCUGAUGGAUGACAAAGAUGUCGCCAUUGCUGACCGCAAAGCCUUCCAGGAGGAAACAAGCCGUAUUCGAGACGGCGUUGAGCUGUUGCGAAACCAUGCUGAUCUACGCCAGUGCUUCAAGUGGAUGAACGAAGCCAUGGGCGCCGCCAUCAGGAUCCAGGGGAAAAGGUUCACUGGAUGGCACUUGUUCCAGCUUGGAUUCAUCCUCUCGCAAGUACGAUCGAUUUACGAACGGCACGCCACCCUUGCUGAGCUGCGAGGCAGCAUGGAAACAGCCGACGUACUCUGGUUCGCCACAGGUGGCGGGAAGACCGAAGCGUACCUUGGCAUCAUCAGCAUGGCGUUACUCUACGGUCGCCAGAAAGGGCGCGAUUAUGGCACAACGGCAUGGCUUCGAUUCCCCUUGCGGAUGCUGUCCGUUCAGCAGUUCCAGCGACUUUCCUACGUUCUGGCCCAAACGAACAUCCUGCGUCAUCGCGAGCGCCUCGGUGGAUGGCCAUUCACGAUUGGCUACUACACCGGCGAAGGCACCCCUAACCGGGUAAGCAGCACCUUUGGCGACGAUGUACAGAAAGGCUUCCUGCCAUCGUUCAGCGACGAGCGCCUGAAGUCGUACCAGUUCAUCACGGACUGCCCUUACUGCGGUACCGUCAGUUCUAUCGGUAUUGCAACCGAUAUGACGCAAGCACGUAUCAAGCAUGUCUGCAGCAACCCUGAGUGCUGGUCGAACUGCGGAGCUGAUCCAGGAGAGCAUGGCCGGGGCAUUCAGGGGGAGAUCGGAAUCUAUGUCUCGGACGAAGAGUGCUAUCGGUACCUUCCCUCGGUCAUGGUGGGUACAGUGGACAAACUCGCCGUCAUUGGCCACAACCAUCGUUUCGUGAACUUCUUUGGCGGAGCGCGCUUCUUCUGCCCAGAGCACGGAUUCACGCAGCGAUCCAAAUGCGAGCACCACCGAAUUGAGCAGCGAAGCGAUAAGUGGGAGGCCCUCGACUGCGGUAACAACACGCGAACUAGCACAGUCAGGGUAGUCCCCGUCGCGCCCAUGAAAGACCCUGGUUUUUCACUGUUGGUGCAGGACGAACUGCACUUGCUUCGUGAGUCUUUGGGCAACUUCGACGCCCAUUACGAAACCCUACUCAGUACCUUGCAAAUUAGCCAUGGUGGUCGAGCGCCCAAGGUGCUCUCAGCGACGGCCACCAUCAAGGAUUUCGAAGACCACAUUCAUCACCUGUACCUGCGCGAUGCCGUUCGAUUCCCAGCACCUGGGGUCAACCAGGGAGAAUCGUUCUACGCCCGCAAAGCGAAGGAUGACGAGACAGGCUCACAGCUGAUCCGACGAUGGUUUGCCGGGAUUCUUCCCAUCGGUCGUGGCCGGGUUGCCAUGAAAGCGGUAGCAGAGGCCAGCUCUCGCUUUCUGGAUCAAGUCGACGACUGGCGAGCCAAACUUGCAGCCUGUGACGCACCGUUGCUCCAGGCAAUAGAGUUAAGCACCAGCCAGAGCCAGGACGCCCUGCGCUACAUAGAGAAAAACCUGAAUACCGAUCUGGUGUACGCCAACAGCAAGCGCAGCAUCACCGAGAUCAUGCGCUACAUGGAAGAGGUCAAUAACAAGACCAGCGUGGAGCGUAAAGCUCGACUGCUGGACGGUGAGACCCGUCUGGACAUGAUCCUUGAUGCGAUUCGCCAUGUUGAGACGAAGGAUGCCGAUGACAGCUGCCGGCAUAUCAUCGCAACCAGCGUCGUGUCGCACGGUGUCGACAUCGCGGAACUGAACUUCAUGAUCGUCGCAGGCUGGCCUAAAUCGACUGCCGAAUACAUCCAGGCCUCUGCUCGAAGUGGCCGUGUGCACCCGGGCAUCGUGCUCUGCGUGCUCUCGUCUCACCAACUGUUCGAGUCUGGUGUAUUCAUGAACUUCGGUGACUACCACACGUUCCUGGACCGUUUGGUGGAUUCGGUACCGAUCAACCGAUUCGCGCCAAACAUCAUCGAUCGCACGCUGCCGGGCGUGCUCUCUUCAGUUCUGCUCAACUGGGCACCCCAGCAAAAAUGGGGCAGCGACUUGAAUCACAAGGUGAACAAUCUCGUCUCGCUGUUGCGUAGCGACAUCGGGAAAGCUGCAGUCGCGGAAAUCAAAGCGGUAGUGAUCAACGCGCUGCGCAUCCCGGCUGCACUGAGCGCCAAGUUUGACUCACGCGUCAUCGCAGGCUUCGACGUUGCACUGGUUAGCCGGGUAGACAAUGCGUUUUACGAACUGGAGCGAUGGCCGGGAAGCAAGAACGAGCAGACAUUGAGCGAGGCCCUGGGUGACAUUUUCGGUUAUGCCCCAUUCCGCUCAUUCCGCGAUAUCGAAAACCAGAUUUUGAUCAAGCCAGUCAACAACGCAGCUGAUCAAGUAUUCAUGGCAUUGGCCAGGGAAGCCUUCCUCCCUGGCGCCUAUACACGCCUUCGCAACCAAGCCUAUGGCCGCGUGAUGGGGAUUAUCAACAACAGCGGGUCAGCGUUGGAGGGGGUUGAUAAAGAACAGCUGCGCGAAGCUGUCCUGACCUUCGUAAAUGACUGGGAAAACGCCGGUGGCGCAGUCGACCCAACCUUCAGGACUGCUGCUGAAAAGAAGCGGCUGGAAAUUCAGUCCCCCUCAGAAGUAUUUGUUUCUCCCGCCCCGCUGAUCCUUAGCUGUAAGCGGUGCAAAGUGCUCGACUUCUAUGACUCGCGCGAGCCAGAAGAUCGCACGCUUUCCAAGAUGCAAGCGCGGAUCAAGGAACGUCACGGCAGAACCUUCAUCGCAUGCAAAGGUCAAGGUUGCUCAGGGGAGAUGAUCCAGCUGCCAUUCGUUUCAGUGCACCGGUGCGGGCAUGCCAGCCCUGUACACAUCCCGCACAUUGCUCGCCGUUCUACCAACAUUGGCUACCGGGAUGCCGGCUCGUUCUUUCACUCAUCUUUCUUCGACGUAGAUUCGAAUGACAAGCUGGCUGGUACAUUCCAAGACGACUGCCCGGCCUGCAAUAGCCAGUUUUCAGCCGAAAUUCAAAAACGCGGGACGCCCCUCACGAGCGGACGAUCAAGUAGGCACAGGGGCUCGGCCCAAGACGUCUCCGAAGGCGUAGCACUUGCGUUGCUGAAGAAAAUAUCGGGUCGCGAACUCGAGCAAAAGCUGUCCUUGCUGCUCUCUGCAAAUAUCGGGGAUGAAAAUGAGCAAGCCACUCUGCGCGCGCAGUUAGAGAAGAAAAAACUCAGCAUCGCGAAAUAUGAGGCGUUGGCAGAGGACGAUGAAGAUCUGGCCGAGAUGCUCGACUCAACCCGAAAAGAAGUGGUGGUGAUCGAAGGCAAGCUCGCGGCCUCUUCAGGUUGCUUCAGCGCCGCACGUGAUCACAUACCGGAACUCACUACGCUGAUCGAGUUGGUCGGCAAUCGGCGAACGCUGGAGGCCGUCUUCCUUCCCCAUGACGUUCAGGGUAGAACGAUCGAGCAGGAGAUCGAAGAAACUUCAGAUAGCGCGCAGAGGGAUGCGCUCGCCGUUCAAUGGCAGAGCGUCCAGAAUCGCUAUGGGAUCGACUCGAUCACGCACAUUCCAGACCUUCGGGUGGUAUUGGCUACGCUGGGUUACACACGAGAAAGAAGCGGGCCUUCGGUCAACCCUGACGCUCCACCUGUAGUACUCAACGCCUUUGCUGAUCGCGUUGACGAAGCCAUGAAAGGCAAAACAUCCAUCUAUGCGAUGUCCGCAAAAACUGAGGCACUCUGGAUCCGCCUGGAUCCACGCAAGGUACUUCGUUGGUGUAUCGAGUCUGCAUACCUUCACUCACCAGGCGAUGAUGUGCUCAGCGAUAAGGCUCGCAGCCAUGCGCAUCUGCUGAGUCAUUACAACGUCCUGGCGAUGCACCCUGGCAAGGCUGCUAGGGAGAUCCCGUCUCGUAAUCCCGAAGAGGGAGCGCCGUUCAACCUGCUUCACUCGAUCAGCCACUCACUCAUGCUGACCGCGCGCCGUCAUACAGGGUACGACUCAAAGAGCAUCCAGGAAUACCUAAUCCCCAUGGACUUGUCGGUCAUUCUGUACGUCUCCUCUGUCCAAAACUACACGGCUGGCGGGCUGUUGACCUUGUUCCAGCACUACCUGCAACCCUGGUUUGACGACGCGAGCAUGUUCGCAUUCAACUGCGCAUUUGACCCCGUUUGCACAGAUGUUGGUAACUCCUGUAGUGGCUGCGUCCAGAUCGAAAUCGGCUGCGAAACUUUCAACCAGGGCCUGUCCCGGGCCUACAUCCACGGUGGCCCGGCCAAUCGCGAAAACUCUUUGAUCAUUCGCAAGGGCUACUGGGAUAAGAGGAGUGAAGAAAUGCUUGUCGAAUUCGACCUCAAUCAGAACGACAGGGACGCGCUUUUGCGCCAUUGCCAGUCAUUCGUACGAUCCAGUGGAGACACCAGAGAAGACCGAAGGCUCGCUGAUGCUUUGGAGGACUUGGCCGACGCGCUAGUAAAUGCCGAACAGCAAUCUGCGUCGAGG